UGUGAUUUGGCAAGUUCACAAUUCAUGUAGUCUGAUGAAUCAAAAUAUGACCUUGAAACGUGUCAUGCUUGCGGGAACCGUUAUUAUUCCCUAUCAUUAAUACUAACUGCAACAUUCAGCGGUUAAGUUUUUUUUCUCUUCUUUUUUGCUUUCUGAUUUCCCCCCUACUUUGUAUCUGGGUUACUAUCAAGUGACUAAUGUCAAUAUGAGAUGCAGGGAUAUUGCCUCGGGAAAAAAUGGAAUGGAUUUGAUGUUCAACUUGCUUACUUCUACAUCCUCUAAGUGGAUACAUUCUCCAGAACUUCGUUCAGCAUUAAAAGCUCCUUUGAUGCGUUUGUGUGCCAGGUACCUUCUAAAAGAGAAGAAAAGAGGAAAAGCUUUGGACUCUGUAGCAAAUUUUCACUUGCAAAAUGGAGCGAUGGUUGAAAGAAUAAAUUGGAUGGCUGAUCGAUCAGAAAAAGGUCUUUCUCAAAGUGGAGGGAUCAUGGUGAACUACGUGUAUAGGUCGGAUCACAUAGAAGAAUAUGCCCAUUCAUACUUCAGCAAUGGUGAAAUUCACGCCUCAAGUGAUCUACAUCACUAUGUUGAUGAAGCGGAUACUGCUUAGCAUCAAUUCAAAUUUGAUAGAAGAUAAACUUCAACGUAUUUUCAACAAUAUCAUAUGCGCAUGUGCUUUAGAAACAAAUGUCGUCGGCAGCGGACAACCUUAUUAACACUAACCUUUACCUUUCUUUGUCUCAACCUCUUUGCUGUCAUUUGCAGCCACAGUGGCAAAUAAUUGUGAAGUCUGCUUGAUCGGAGCAUAAAGGAAGGUUUCAUUAAAACUAUAGGACAAAUGCAUUGAACUCUAAAACCGAGGAUGCUUGUAUCUUUAAUCAUUGAUUAGUUCUGCCGGAGUACACUGUGUCACCAAUCCAAUUCUUUGGCAAAAUUGGGUAGGAGACAUUUGCUAAACUGCACUACUUUAUAUGGCAUAGCACGAGAGGUGCGAAGUAGACAAGUUAUAUUGAAUAGACUAUGCUUGGUAAACCUCAAGCUAUACAUCUCAUGUGAUAUUUGUAGUUGGUAUUCUGACAAGAAAACCCUAUAUCUUAGUGAAGAAGGUGAUUUUAGUUGUGUUGGUUGGAAAUCAUAAAGUGUAAACUGUAAACUAUCAAAGAGAAACUAUUUCCUUGAACAUUGAGAAUUGAAGGUAAUGCUUGUUGCUUGUUUGUUUCAUCCUUAGACAGUGUUUCAUUUCAGAUGUAAAGGAUAAUUAAUUAUGCAUUAUAUGUUUUCAGAAUCAAGCCUUGAA